UAAGGGGACGUGGUCAAAAACAACCCGACAGGUUCAGCGGUUUUUCAGUUGGGGAACCUUUGAUCUCCAAUGAAAUUCUCGCUUUAUAUCAUGAGUGGGAGAUCUUUCAUACAUUAAAAUUUCGAACACGAAAAAUCUAUUGUUGAUGGAAUGCGAAGAUAUACUAUGAUCAGCUGACGUCAACGUGCUGCCCGGGGAGCCGGUUUAUUCAGGAAAGCUGCGGUAGUUUAAAAAUGUGUUCCUUGUCGCUACGACUUGUGCUAAUAGCCUCGGUCACAGCCAGGGUCCAUGCUCAAGCAGGCACCAUUUACUUUUCAGUUCCCCAGCCUGUGACUUCUCUCCAAGCCACGGCGGUGUCCUCGGACAGCGUCCUGGUGAACUGGUCAGCUCCCUCCAGCGCCUUCCUCGUGGAGAGUUACAGGAUUUCAUACCAGAUAAGCGGAUACGGCAACUGCACGGAGUCUCCCACCACCAACGCCCCACCAGAGACGGUCACUGUAUCAGCGCCCACUACGUCAUACCGUAUCCAAGGACUGGCCACGUGGACAGCGUACAGAAUAGUGGUCACAUCAGCUAACAGGAUAGGGACUAGCGUUGACCGGAUAGCAAGCGUCGUGACCUCAGCGGACGUUCCCGUCACCAAAGUCCAAGGUCUUACGUCAUCCGACACCCAUCCAACCUCGGUUACCAUACAAUGGACAUCUCCGGCCUGUCGAUACUUCUUGGGGUAUGUCCAGCAAUACCAGCUAUCCCUCUACAGCCAAAUGAACCUGAUACGCUCCGUAAACGUCACUUUGACGUCAUUCACGGUGGAGGGAUUAGAGCCUUAUACCACGUAUGCGACCAGGGUGGCCUUGAUGAACGAAGUGGGGGUAGGCCCGUUGAACGAGCCGUAUAAUUUUUCUACUUCAGAGGACGUGCCAUCAUCACCUCGGAACCUCGCCUUGCAAGCAGCCGGCAACACAUCUCUGCUGAUAGCUUGGCAGGCACCACAGUCCCCUAACGGGAUAUUACUACAGUAUAGAGUGACCUACAGGGCCACAUCUGACAGGUCUGGGGCUCUGAUCACCAGGCUGUUGGCACCACAGGGGCAGACUAACCAGGCUGAGUUAUUAAACCUGAAUCCGUAUACCGUGUAUAACAUAUCGGUGGCAGCACGGACAUCUGUAGGCUGGGGCCCUGAAAGUGCACAUUUAUCAGCACGCACAGAUGAGAGCGUUCCGUCCGCGCCCGCUUCACUGGUCUUAAUCUCCCGCAAUGAGUCUUGCCUCACGGUGAACUGGGGAACGCCUGUGGUGCCGAACGGGGUGAUUCUUACAUACAGGAUACAUUACCAACAAGGCCUAUCCUAUAGCACAGGCCAGGACCAGGUUCCAGAGACAGGCACUUUAGAGGUUCCCGCCAACAGGUCAUCGCGCACGUUAUGCCUGCUACGCCUUAGUACCCAGUAUGAGAUCACCGUGUCUGCCGCCACCAGCAAGGGCUUUGGUCAGGGAUUGAUCAAGACCUUCAUGACAAUCAUUGGUGAUCCCGCUGCCCCCGCAAUACCAACAGUCCAGUCCUACACCACUUCAACAAUCACCGUGUUACUACAACCUGUUAUCCUUACGACUGGCCCGCUCUCGUAUUACCUCGUUUCCGUACUGAGGCUACAGGGGAACGUUGGGCGACGGCGGCGACGAAGGGCGUUAGGGCUGAACGACCUGCCUGGGAAUAUAGUGGCCCGGUUUGAACCAAAUAAUUUGGAAACCACUUUUACGGUCGGAGACAAUGCAACAAAUAGUGGAUAUGCUAACCCGUCGCUGAAGGCCAGUACGAUUUAUAACGUGUAUUUUGCGGUGGUGAGUUCCUUGGACGGUGUGACCAAGAUAGCUUAUUCUGACUUGGAAGCACCUGUUUUGACCUUGUCAGACACGCCGACAACAACUUUAGUUGCAACAACUACUCCGACUACUACAGCUACUGCCACGACAGUCACUACCACACCGGUGACAACAACAACAACAACAACGCCAAUAACGACGACAGCAAAUGUCGUUACUACAGGGGGAGUUGCCGCAGCGCCCACAGGCCUGGCGGCUCCCUCAGCGACUGCCAACGACAUCAGUCUGACGUGGAACGACGUCCCUGGGGCCACUGAGUACGAGCUGUGGUACAAUUCUACUGCAGAACCUGGAGUUGUCUACAAUACAUCUGUCCCUGUUGGAGGAUCGUUUCUGUUAACUGGCCUGCUUCCUUACACCACUUACACGUUGAUGCUUCGAGCUAGAACAAGCGCUGGUCUGGGUCCCUUUUCUAUCCUCACCAAGGUGACAGACGAGGACGUGCCAUCCAAGCCAGGCCCUCUUUCCCGCCAGAACAGAAAUGAGACUUGUAUAUGGCUAAAGUGGCAACCACCAUCUUCGCCGAAUGGAAUUAUAACACUUUAUAGACUUACCUUCAAGGCAACUCGAUUCUUCAGCAACGUGGGAUCAGUACAGGAAGAAUCAGUAGAUGUACCCGGGGCUAUGACAACACGUGCCAUAUGCAGUCUUGUCAUGGCCGCUGCCUACGAAAUAACCCUUAAAGCCCGCACCAGCAAGGGUUACGGUGCCGGUGUUGGAGAAACCUUUUACACCCUAAUCGGCGACCCUGAAGCCCCGAGUCCUCCGGAGGUUGUGUCUACGGAAGAAACGUCGAUGAUUGUGACUCUUAAACCGGUUCUCAUAACCACCGGACCGUUGUCUCAUUACCUUGUGAAAGUAGAAAAGCUUGCGGGCCGCCGUAAAAAGAGAGCAACCGUCGAGGAUAUCCCAGGAAACAGUGUGGUUAAAAUAGAGACAUUAGAUUUUGCAGGAAAGUCAGAAAUAAAUUUCAAGAUUGGAUCGGGGACUGUCAGAAAUGGGUAUAACAACAGCGUGCUAGAACCUGGGACUCGCUAUAACGUGAGGUUCAUAGUUAUAAGCUCCCUAGAUGGAGCAACCAAGGCUUCUUUUGCUGCCUUGAGCGAGCCUGUGACAACGAAAGGAAGCAUUUCCACAGGGCAGAGUGGCAGUGGUGGUGAUGGCGGUGUGGUGGUGUACGUGGUUGUUGCCAUUUUAGCUGUCCUUGUUUUAAUUGCCGCCAUGAUAAUUGCUUUGUGGUGGUUCCGUAAACAAAGAAAUGCCAAGAAAAAUUACGAACCAGAAUGGGUUGGUUACUAUAAGAACAACUUCAUGGGGGAAGAAAAGGUGCAUGGUAUAUGGAACGAAACUUUCGAUCUCGAGGAGUCUAGAUAUGUUUUAAUGACUAAAGAAAACCCUGCUGAUAUCAGCAUCGGUCGUUUACGUGACCGACCGCCAAUUUCCAUAGAGCAAGAGUACUAUAAGCUACCACAGGGGCAGCAGUUUCCGUGUCACACGGCUGAACGUCCAGAGAACAUAAACAAGAACCAUUGCAGCAAGAUCCUUGCAUAUGAGCACAGCAGAGUUGUGCUUAGAGACGUAGAGAGUGGCAUUACAGAUUAUAUCAAUGCCAAUUUCAUUGAUGGGUACAAAAAGAGAAAAGCGUUCAUAGCAGCACAGAGUCCAUUUACUGAUGAAACAGUGGUGGAUUUCUGGCGCAUGAUAUUGCAAGAGAAUGUGAGUCAAAUUGUAAUGGUUACCAGACCCAUAGAAGACGGGGUGCCAAAGUGCAAGCAAUAUUGGCCAAAUGAAGGAAAUCUCAAGUACGGAAAGAUACACGUUCGAAUAGUGGAAUCUACCGAUUUUGCACAUUUUACCGUACGGAAAUUCCAAUUAUUUGUACAAGAGAGAGAAAUCAAGCAUGUCAGCCAGUACCAUUUCACCUCGUGGCCGGACCACGGCUGCCCAGAGGAUCCAAUACCAUUCCUGGAAUUUCAUCACAGGGUCAAGGCCGACACACAUGCGCAAGAUGGUCCCAUUUUGGUGCAUUGUGGAACUGGAGUGAGUCGGACGGCGACGUUUAUUGCAAUAGACGCACUAACCAAACAGGCUGAGAUGGAAAAGAAAGUUAACGUUUGGAAAUUUGCUAACGAAAUGCGUAAAAACAGGGUACAUAUGAUUAGAACUUUAAAGCAAUACAUGUACAUUUACGACGCCCUGAUGGAGAAGCUCAUAGUCGAAGAGCCUUACGUCAGUUUUAACCUUCGCAAAAAGUACAAAGCACUCUCACAGAUUAAUCCAAGUACGACAAAGUCGUAUUUCGAUGAACAGUUCCAAACGUUGCAAAGAUUUACACCAGAUUCGAAAACGGACGAUUGUUCGGGUCUCAGUGUGGAAAACAGGGAGAAGAACAGAUACAUUAGUAUCAUGCCUGUAGAUAGGUUUCGACCACGUAUUUUAACACACGGCGGGUCAAAUACAAGUGACUAUAUUAAUGCCAUAUUUAUUGACAGCUAUACGAGGCACAAUCAGUUUAUUUUAACCCAGUCCCCUAUGGUCCACACAGUCACCGAUUUUUGGAAACUAGUGUAUGACUAUCAGGUGUCGCUGAUACUGAUGCUUGAUGACAGAGCCUUGCAGGACGAUUCAUGCGGGGAAUAUCUUCCACCUCACACGUCAGAGCCGGUCAAAUUUGACAUAUUCCAAGUACAGUUAACAAACGUAGACGAAUCUCCCCAACACGUGACUAUAAGAGAUCUGAAAUUUCACAACGUCUCGCGUGCUCAUGAAAAAUCGAGAGUCAUACGUCACAUUCAGAUUGAUGAAUGGCCAAUGAAACAGCACGUUCCAACAAACACAGACUCCUUUAUGUCUCUCUUAGAUAUGGCUGAAGAAUGGCUGAAAGAAGCAGACGAUCCAAAGCGCGUGCUGAUACACUGCAUAGAUGGCGCUUCGCAUAGUGGCCUUUUUGUUUCAGUGAUGUGCCUGUGUGAGAAGAUGAGAAUUGACGGUGAAGUUGACGUCUUCCACACUGUUAAACAUAUCAAGAGACGCCGGUCGCAAGUUGUCGGAAAUUUGACGCAAUAUAAAUUCUGCCACAAGGUGCUUUGGGACUAUAUGAACACGCGGAUCAAUCACAAAGUGAAGGGUCUCACCUCAACAUUAGCUAAUGGACAUGCGCCACACGACAGGGACGACAUCUCCAGGCUAAGUUACGACGAUGAUGAGGCGGAUGGCAGGAUGGGGACUUACAGACUGAAUGGCAAUAUUAGUCCUAUUCCAAAUGGGACACCGCAUAGCACUAUGUAUGACACAAUGAAGGACAGUUAUGAUUCGUUUACUGAAUCUGAAAGUGCUGUUGAUUAACUCGAUUGAAUUAAGAAAUUUUAGUUUGAUAUGACUGAUGGUUUCUAUGCAGCUUUACCAGCAUUAUUUAUGGGUGACUACAGUGCAGGGUAUAUCAAAUAUACUUGGCCCUCAGUUCCUCUGGUAAAAUCGGUAUAUCCUAUUGUUUAUAGGGCAAUAUCAAACAAAAUACUCAAUUACAUGUAUUAUUGCAGAGCACAUCAUAUCAGUUAGCAUUGACGACGUUAAACACACGACAAAAUUCAAAUAUAUUAAUGAAAUUUGAAUUUAAAAACUUUUAAAAAGUGUUUUGUGUUAAGGUAUUAUUUUACUUUUGUAUAACUGUUUGACAUACAUGUAAGUGAAAUAGCAAUUCUGUAAUCUAAAAUACUUUUGAUGUGAAUAUUUAUUUGAACCUGAUGUUGGAAAACUUUGUACAUUUAUAAAAUUUCCAUUAUACAUUUUACAUUAUAUCAAUGCUCAGAUUUUGAUAAAGUGAUGGGAUUUCAAAGUUUAGGUAGUCAUCUGGGUUAAAUGCAUUAUAUGCACUAUUAUAUUUUGUACAAUUUAGCCUAAUGUAAUAAAAUCAUUUACAGAAUUAAUUUGUUGUGCUGAGAAUCUGUUUAGAGAAUUUCAAACU